AUGCAUGACCUAUUGAAGAAGGGAGACAAGUAUGUCGAUGCGGAGGAAGCAGAGAAGAUAACUAAAAAUCUCAGGGAUGGAAGGAAGGCAGAAGUUCAUAAGCAAAAAACAUACGACGAGCAAAAGCACACUAAUAAGAACAAGCCGAAGAAUGAACGCAUGAACAAGGGUUAUGCCCAAGACCGGCCGGUCAGGCAGAAGCGAGAGGAGGUCAAGACACCCACCCCUUUGAACAUUCCACGUACAAAGUUAUUGAUGGAAAUACAGCACAUGAAAGAGUUCGAAUGGCCUAAACUGAUGCUAACUCCUUCCAGCAAGAGAAAUCAAAGUAAGUACUGCCAUUUUCACAGAGAUCACGGGCAUGAUACCAAAGAAUGCCUACAAUUAAAGGAAGAAAUUGAGCGCCUGCUAAGAUGGGGACUAUUGGCUAGGUAUGUGAAAAAUGACAAGGGCAAGCAAAGGCUCAAAGGUCUACCCCCACCGAGGGUAGGAGUGAUAAACAUGAUCAUCGGAGGAAUAGCAUCAGGCGGCGACUCAAAUUCGGCUAGAAAAAGCUAUGCGCGGGACUUGAUUGGUGUGACACACCCCCAUAAUGACGCCUUAGUAAUAGUAGGCGAUAUAGUGGAUUUUGACGUGAAAAAGGUGUUAGUCGACGGAGGAAGUGCGGCAAAUGUCCUCACCUGGGAUGCCUUCUUGGGUCUAAAAGUUUCCCAAGAGAAGUUGAAGAUGGUGACUACCCCUUAUAAGGCUUUGGAGGGGCAAUAG